CGUCGACCUCACUUCCCACUAGGAAGACUGAAAGGGACUCACCUGAGUUGUAUGUUUGUAAUACCGUUGAAAAUUGAAUCGUCUCGAGCAUCGACGUUUAACAAGCCGAAACAGUUUACGUACAUUUUAAGAAGCAAUCCUAGACAAACAGAGAACGCCCGAUUCUAUAGCAUGUUGUUUUGUAAAAUGGAAGAAAACUGAAGAAUCUUAUCGUUGCUAAACGCUUUGCAUUUUGGAGUAAACGCUUCCUCAACAGCCGGAACAUUUGUAAACGUAAUGCAUAUAAUGAAUGCACCCCUGAUUUACUGGUUUGUGGAAUCGAUAAUGGCACAUUAAAUGAUUUUGCAAGCUGUUUACGGAAUUACACGUUUUUUAGACGGGUUACUGAAUCAUGGAAGAGCUGCAAUUUAUGAAAUCUGUUUUACCUGGGCAAGAAUCAUUCACUCAUGACGCAGAUGACACGAGUUUGGCAUUACCUCCUGAUACUAGUACAAAGACUCAUUCAAAUGAUCGGAGUUUUCGUGUUCAGCAACAAGUGCAGCUCACAAUUGCUCGUAAGGGCAAAAAGACAACUCCCAAUGGCAAUCUUCCGCCAUCCAUAAACCCACCAAGUAUCGCUGGUUUCAGAGAUGGACACUCUAGUAUGAAGAUCCAGUCAUCUUUCAGCCAGACAGGGGGCGUGGACUUCAGCAGAUGGUCGUCUUUGAGGGAGAACAUCACCAGUCCGUCUAGGAGGAUGGACGUGUCCCCCACCACCAGCCCGGAGCUUCCUCACUCCUGUCUGGCCUACAGGUCACUCCGCUUGGGAAACUACACCCUCCCCAGCACUAGGCAGCCAACAAACAUGGCGACCUUAGCGGAGCGGCUGCACGGGACAGAGCUGAUGCGGCGUUACGCCCGUUCGGAAAUGUCCACUAGCUAUAGACGGACUUCAAUGCCUCCGGCCCUCGGUGUAGACCGCUCGUUUCUGUGCAGCAGCCCUGCGAUUCGGACCGAUGACGGCCCCUGCUUGAGGGAGGCCCAAACUGGGACGGCAAGUAUGAGGCGACAAGUGGGCUACAGCUCUUUCAAUGCUCUUUCGAUGUCCCGGAGAGCAGAGGGCCUGGCCUGGCUGAGGAGUGAGAGCCAGCAACCUGCGGGAGGAAGGCGGCCUCCCUCAUAUCCGCCCUCGCUGAUCAGCAUGGAGGUGGACAUGGGCCAGAAGAGGGAGGCGGUGGAGCUGGAGAGCAAGCAUAGAGAAUUUGAACUGACUUCUCUGAAGCCAGAGAGCAAGGUCCCUGAACUCACACUGGAGAGGGCAGUGAGCCUGCUGGGCCAAGAGAAUGAGGACUUGCAGAUCACUGCUGCCAGAUUCAUUCAAAACCAAUCUUUUAGCAGUGCUGAUGCUAAGAAGAUGGUGUUUUACCUCCAUGGCAUACCCAAGCUGAUCAAACUGCUGCAGAGUGACAAUGAGGAGGUGGAGAGGAUAGCAGCGGGAGCACUUCGGAACGUGGUCUUUGAGAGCGCAGAGAACAAGAUUGAGGUCAAGGACGACGGGGGUGUGACCCCUAUACUCUCUCUCCUCAGGAGAAGUCGCGAUGUUGAUACUCGGCGGCAGAUCACUGGACUGCUGUGGAACCUGUCGUCCCAUGACCUUCUGAAAGAGCAUCUGUCCAGAGAGGCCCUGGAGAUCCUGACCACCUCCGUCCUGGUGCCCUGCUCGGGCCUUUCUGAAGGGGAGAACCCCAAAGACGACAUGCUGGCUGACCCAGACACCUUCUACAACGCCACUGGCUGUCUCCGCAACAUAAGCUCGGCCGGCCCAGAGGCAAGAAAAGCCAUGCGUCUGUGUGACAGCCUUAUCGACUCUCUGGUAUAUUAUAUCCGGGGUGCCAUAGCCGACUACAAGCAGGAUGACAAGUCCACAGAGAACUGUGUGUGCAUCUUGCAUAACCUGUCUUACCAGAUGGAAGUGGAGCUUCCGCAAAAGUACACUAGUGAGCUCCGUGAGUCUCGGCUGAAUCUCUCUCUAAAGACCAAGACCCCUGGCUGUUUCGGCUCUCGCAGUGCCAAAAUCAUCCAAAAUCGUGAGUCAAACUCCCCUCUGCUGGAGGAGAAGGCAAACCCCUGCGGUAUUGAGUGGCUGUGGAGUGCCAUCACAGUACGCAUGUACCUGUCUAUCAUGGCCCGCAGCACGCGCCACUACACCCAGGAGGCAGCCAUCGGAGCCCUGCAGAACAUCACAGCCGGCAACGGCCCGGUGUCCCAGGCCAUUGCCUACACCAUAGUACAGCGGGAGAACGGUCUUCUGCAGACCAAGAAGAUGCUACAGGAAGGAGAAAGGGAUGUGAAGAGGACUGCCGUGUCCCUUCUAAGAAACAUCUCACGUUACAGGGACCUUCAUGCUGACAUUGUCACACAGGUGCUGCCGGAACUGGUGACGAUGUUGCCCAACUCGGACACGGGCAUAGACCUGCCUACGGACGUCACCAUAUCCCUUUGCAACAUUCUCAUCAACCUUAGCCAGGCCGAGACGCAGAACAUCAGAGCCAUCGUCAACCACGGAGCGUUACCCAAGAUUAUCAACAUCAGCGCAAAGGACAACGGGUAUGGUCCUACCAGGGCUGGCCGAGCUGCCUGCAUCCUACUACACACCAUGUGGGGUCACUCAGAGCUCCAUGGGGCAUAUAAGAAGGCUGGAUACAGGAAAACAGACUUUGUCAACAGCAGGACAACAAAGGCUGUGAAUUCACUUCGGGAUUAAGCGGACGAAUGAGAAAUCUGUGAUAUGUCUCGCAAUGCAUUGUGUCGACUGGGGCAGUGGUGUGGGUUUUUUCUGUAUUUCCUUGGAUGCUACUUUGAAUGUCUGUUUUGUUUGUUGAUUUUUCUGCUGUGUGAGGAGUUAGUUUUGUUUAUUUGCAUGUUGGAGCCAGUUCCAGUGAAACCCGUUGCUGCAAGCUCUUCCAAGUUCAAGCUGAAUUUCUGCAACAACAUUACGUUUUGAAAAACAAAACUGAAGGGUGAUUAGCAAAGACUUGAAUUACAUUUGAAGGAAAGAUUUUGCGCUGUAGGUAACUUAUCAUACAAUUUGAGCAUAAGAUAUUAUAAAUAUAUUUGGUUGAAAGAAAAAUCUAACAUCUUUCUAAUUAUUAUGCUCACUAGGGUCAAGAGUAGAAGUAAAACGUAAUUGUUAAUUACAAUAUUUCUGGUGUUAACAUAGUCCAGGUUGGAAAGCAUUUUGAAUUACAACUGUUGUUUAUUCACAUUGUACACAAUCAUGGAUGCAUAUGGUGACCAUCUAAAAAUGGGGCCAUGUUAAGUAGCCAAGUGUUGUCUGCUGUUGAAAAUGUAUUAUUUCUUUUGUACUGAGUUAGAGACAUCCUUGUCUUACAUAGCAUAUACAUGAAUGUAGGCACAUUCACCCCUGAGGUGGUAUCUCUGAAAGUUUAUUGCCGUGUAAAUAAUAAACAUCUGAAGCAGAUGAAGAAACUUCAAGAGCCACAAAUAUUAGACCAACCUAAAGAUGAUUAAGUUAUGAAGAAAAAAACAACAGUAUUUUUUUCUCAUCAUUAGGUUGAGUGGUUAUUUUGCAUUAGUAAUAUUUACAACUAGGAUGAAUAAUUUCAUCCCUGGUCACUUCCCAGUCGCACCUUGUGUCUGUUUCUCUGUAUAGCACUGGAACCGGACGUUAAAUGCCAGUCAGACUACAGUGGGUUGUGGUAAUGUCUUCCCUGCAUAUACAGUCUUGUGGAAAGUCUACUGGAGUCUAUGCAUGUCCACUCUUUCUUACGUGUCACUCAUGGCUGGUCAUAGCACUUUUCAACCCCUCAGCAAUCCACGUUCAUGGCUCUCUUCACAAUUAGUCAUUUGCUCAGUCUGUUGGCCUGUGCCAAUGACUCAGUCGGGUAAUUGCUAGAUCUACCUGGAUCUACUGAAGGAUCUGGUGACUACUGUGAACUGUAUCUAGAUAUACUGGUAGUCUGGAUGAGAAGGGAAUUAAUACCUUAUCAAAUAACAAAUUUGACCACUUUAAAUACCUAGUUCUGGGCCGAGUAUAAUUUACUUUCCUUUUAGUCAAGGUGAAUUG